ACAUACACAAACAAAAUUUCUCGAGUCACUUUUAGAAAAUCGACGACAUCAGAACGAAACAGUCGAAGAUGUCCACUAUUGAAAAUUUGAAAAUCGUGUCCCUGGAUGUCAGGGAUCUUCGAUUCCCUACUUCCUUGCAUUCAGAUGGUUCCGAUGCGAUGCACACUGAUCCAGACUAUUCAUGUGCCUACGUUACCAUAAAAAUUGGAUCUGGUCUGGAAGGAAACGGCUUGACUUUUACCCUUGGAAGAGGCACCGAUGUUGUGGUGCAAGCUGUCAAAUCCCUGAAACCCCUGAUAGUUGGACAAGUUGUCAGCGACAUUUACAAGGACUUCGCCACCUUCUGGAGAUCACUGACCAGUGAGAGUCAACUCAGAUGGAUUGGUCCCGAGAAAGGCGUAACACACUUGGCCACCGCCGCCAUUAUCAAUGCUCUAUGGGAUUUAUGGGGCAAAUUGUUGAAAAAACCAGUUUGGCAAUUACUAUCCGAUUUAGAACCGGAGCAAUUAGUGGCAUGCAUCGACUUCAGGUACUUGUCUAACGUCAUCACCAAAGAAGAAGCAUUAGAAAUGUUGAGAAAAGGAAGAGUUGGCAAAGAAGAGAGAAUGAAUAAACUUUUGGAAAAGGGCUACCCUUGCUACACCACACAAGCGGGUUGGUUGGGUUAUCCGGAUGAGAAAAUCAUACAAUUGGCUCAAAAAUAUUUAGAUAUGGGUUUUACUGCCUUCAAAUUGAAAGUGGGAAAAAAUUUAAAAGAGGACAUCAACAGGCUGAGACUUGUCAGGAACGUAAUUGGAUGGGAAAACACUCUGAUGGUGGAUGCAAAUCAAGUGUGGGAGGUCCAAGAAGCUAUAGAAUGGAUGAAACACUUAGCAGAAUUCAAGCCCCUUUGGAUUGAAGAGCCCACGUCACCUGAUGACGUAUUGGGUCACGCACAAAUUUCCCAUGCCCUUAAGCCUUUGGGUAUUGGUGUUGCUACCGGUGAAAUGUGCUGCAACAGAGUAUUAUUCAAGCAGUUCCUGCAGGCUGAUGCCUUACAGUAUUGUCAGAUCGAUUCAGCAAGAAUCGGUGGAGUAAAUGAGAUUUUAAGCGUAUAUUUGAUGGCUAAAAAGUUAGGAGUAAAAGUAUGCCCUCAUGCUGGUGGUGUGGGAUUAUGUGAAAUGGUUCAGCAUCUGCAAAUGUGGGAUUACGUAGCUUUAUCUGGUACUUCUGAGGGAAAAUGGGUGGAAUAUGUUGAUCAGCAACACGAGCAUUUCGUUUACCCUGCUAUUGUUGAAAAUGCUCAUUACAGAGCACCAAGAGACCCUGGAUACAGCACAACAUUUAAACCUGAUGCAAUUGAAGGUUUUGAAUAUCCAAACGGAUCUCAAUGGCAAGAAAUGUUUGCGAAAGGACUUUUCCACGACCCCAGAAAAGAUCAUCAAUAAAGAUUGGAAUAAUG